AUGAAUCGAUUUUAGAAAUGGGAAAUUUAUUUAGGGUAAUGAAAAAUAAUAAAUUAGAAUUUAUGAAAACAGAGAUGACAUUAAUAUAUAAAGAAAAAAGAAAUUUGAGGAGUUUUCUAAAUUAAAAAUGAAUGCCAAAACAACAGAAGAUGAUAAAAAUGAAAUUAUGAAAGAUAUUAACCGAACUUAUUAAGAAUUGGGUUUAUUUCAUUUAGAAUAAAAUAAAAACAUCAUGUGUAAUGUUUUAUUAUUAUGGUGUAAUUAUAAUUUAUCUUAUCGUCAAGGUAUAUUAAUAAUAAAAUAAUAGGAAUGAAUGAGAUUGUAGGAGUAUUAUUUUAUACAUAUAUUUAAUCAUAUGAUGAUAGUCAAGAUAUAAAUACAACAUAAAUUGAGAAUGAUAUUUAUUGGGUUUUUAAUACUAUUAUGGAUGAAGGAGAUCAUAAAGAUAAUUUUAAUUAUUCAUCCAAUUAACCUAUAGAUAGAAUACCUUUAAUAAAAUAUAUUAAAGAUUUAAUAAUGGAUAAACUCAAAUAUAUAGAUGAGCAAUUAUUUUAAAUAUUUGAAUAGAAUCAAAUUAAUACAGAAAUAUUUUUGAUGAAAUGGAUUAAAGUAUGA